AUGGGGGUAGAAAAUCAUUCAGUGGUGUCUGAGAUUGUGUUGGUGGGACUCACCAGUUCUUUGAAGAUGCAACUAGUCCUGUUUCUAGUUUUCUCUGUGUUCUAUGUAAUGGGUAUUUUAGGAAACCUCCUCAUUGUGCACACCGUGAUCUCUGACUCCCAUCUACACUCCCCCAUGUACUUCCUGCUGGCCAACCUCUCCUUCAUUGACAUAUGGACUUCCUCCAUUGCAGUUCCUAAGAUGAUUUCUGAUCUUUUCAAGGACAGAAAAGUAAUCUCUUUCCAAGGCUGCAUUGCUCAGAUGUUCUUCAUUCAUGUUAUUGGAGGAACUGAGAUGGUUCUGCUCGUCGCCAUGGCCUUUGAUCGUUUUGUUGCUAUAUGUAGGCCUCUUCACUACCUGACCACCAUGAACUUCAGAACUUGUAUUUUACUCUUGGUGGCUGCCUGGACCACUGGGAUCAUCCACUCAUCGAUCCAACUUGUAUUUGUUGUAAAUUUACCCUUCUGUGGCCCCACUGAAGUGGACAGCUUUUACUGUGACCUUCCUCGAUUUAUUGGGCUUGCCUGCACAGACACUUACAGAUUGGAGCUCAUGGUCACUGCUAAUAGUGGUUUCAUCUCACUGGGAAGUUUUUUCAUUUUGGUUAUCUCUUAUAUUUUCAUUUUGGUCACUGUUUGGCAACAUUCUUCAGGUGGCUUGUCCAAAGCCCUCUCUACAUUGUCAGCUCACAUCACAGUGGUGGUCUUAUAUUUUGGUCCAUGCAUUUUUAUGUACACAUGGCCAUUUCCCACAGUGCCAGUGGAUAAAUUCCUUGCUAUUUUUGAUGUAAUUAUCACCCCGUUUCUGAACCCGGUCAUCUACACUUUUAGGAACAAAGAGAUGAAGGUGGCAAUGAAGCGAAUAUUCAGUCAGGUAUUGAGCUUCAGGAAACUGUUUUAA